UCUCAUAUCUGUAACUGAGGUGAAGCUUGAGGAAAGAGGAAGAAAGGUUGAAGCUUUGAAGGUUGAAGAUGUCGCUGGUAUGGAUGGAAGCGAUGCUUCCGCUCGGAAUCAUCGCCGGAAUGCUGUGCGUGAUGGGAAAUGCUCAGUACUAUAUUCACAGAGCCGCGCAUGGCCGGCCGAAGCAUAUCGGAAACGACAUGUGGGAUGUGGCCAUGGAAAGAAGGGACAAGAAGCUCAUCGAGCAGGCCACUGCUCCUUCUUCUUCUAAUUAGUUCCGGAACGUUUGUGAAUGGAAGCAUGAGAAGAAAUAAAGUCAGCAAUCCACUAUGAAGGAACCUAGAGCAACUCCAAUGACAAAUAUUUUCAUUGUAUGCGAAUUUGCACAAGCUGUUAACAGUUCAUGGAAAAGUUUAUGUACUCCAGUGAUUUACUUUUUAAUGUUAAAUGUUUGACUGAGCUUUGUGUGGUGAUGGGAAUGUUUGUUAUGCAGUUAUUUCAUUUAAUAGCAGAGAAUCUGUUUGUAA